ACUGAUGGACGUGGACAUGGAGUUGGACCGCCGCGUGGAGGCCCUUUUCGAGCUUAUAGGGUACCUGGCGUCUUGUAUCUUGGACCCUGCUGACCGCGAAGCCCGGUUUAGGACUUCUAGGAUAACGGCGCACCUGGCCGGCAUGGCGACCGCAGUUCGGCUCUACUUCGCGGCGAACGGGCUCUUGACACGGGGGUGGCGGUUCCGCGAGGCAUUCAUGCGGGCAUUCAACACGGACCUCGAGGAGUGGACCGCAGCAGUAACUGCGAGGGCGCUGGCGGAGCAGGCGAAAGCCGGGGGUGGGGGGAUACCGGNGUUCCGCGAGGCAUUCAUGCGGGCAUACAACACGGACCUCGAGGAGUGGACCGCAGCAGUAACUGCGAGGGCGCUGGCGGAACAGGAGAAAGCCGGGGGUGGGGGGAUACCGGGCGGGAUGCAGUUGGGGGAGAUCCCGAUGCCGCAGUUCACCCACACAUACCUCCUCAUGCCGCUGGCACCGCUGGUGCCGGCAUUCGGCGUGGGAGGGGACGGUCGGAGCGGAGGCGGGGGCAGCGGAUGGNAAUAUCGGAAGGGCUACGCGUGCCGGUACCGGCACACCGGCGGCGGGGCCGACGGGGGCAGGGGAGGUUACAGGAUGGGGCGAGGGCGCGAGCGGGGAGUGGGUCAUGGGCGCGGAUACGGGGCCGGUGCCGGCGUCGGUGUCGUCUGGAGCAGCAGGUACAGCAUCGGGUGGCGCGGCUGAGAGAAAAACAAGGUGGCGAGCAGCGCUAUCGAGGCCACGGAAAACGAAAACCGGGUCACCGAAACAAUUGAAAUUGAUGACGGUGUUGGCCGAUAUGGCGUGGGCCGUGUUGUCUGAGAGUUUGGCCCCCGUAUCCGCCCCGUGCCCUUUCCCCCCCAAUGUACAAACUGAACCAGCGAGUGAAUCCCUUUUGAGUGCCGCCCCCCCGAAGGAAGAGAUGAUAGAUGCUAGCGGAGGUGGUAUCGGACGUGUCGUGCAAAGUCUGGGUGGACGUUUGUUGGCGCCUCAUAUGGAUGCGAAAAAAAUUGCCAGAAGUGUUGGGAGCUUUGAACACGUAGACGUGCUGGUAAAAAUCGCACAAAUGGGGGUACCCAUCGCAGUAAGACCGGGGGGAGACCUGAAGCAUGAGAUAGCGUACGGAAAUCAUCCGAACGCGCAAAAAUGGCACGGAGCGAUUUGGCAGAAGGUGGUGGAGGAUGUACAAGCAGGCAGGGCGGUGCUGUUCAGGAGAGAAGUUGCAGAAAAAAAUCCAGGUUUGCGCGUGUCCCCGGUCGGGGUGGUGGAGGAGAAAGAGAAACUUCGGGUGAUACACGACCUGACUAUACCAGUAGCGGAAGCAACGGGGGGGGAAGGGCGGCCGGUAAAUACCACCACUUUUUUAAAAGAAAUUCCGGCGUGCGGGAUCGCGACUGUAAUGAAGGAGGCGUUAUAACGGUUCCUGGGGCUGAAAGCUAGGCAUCCAAGGAGGACGAUUUUGUUGCAAAAGUGGACGUCAAAAGCGCGUUUCGCCAAAUUCCAGUAGACCCGGCAGGGGCGCCGGCUUUCGGAUAUGUGGUAGGGAAAUUCCUGGAAGAAGACCUUCGGUUGCAGUUCGGAUGGCGGGGCAGUCCUGGGUGGUGGGGGUUGGUGGCGUCGGCGAUAGAACACGUACACCGACAGACGACGAGAGACAUAGCACGGGUAACGCAUUCCGGGGUACGGGCAGCGGCACACUUAAAGAUCGCUCCGCCAACGGGGAAAGCGAUAGUGCCGAUUCCACCGCAAUGCAAGGUGCAGCCGGCGGUAGGAGGGGGGAAGAAUGAUCCGGCGUUUGUGCGGUUUUUCGUGGAUGGUGCGAUUAGCGUGGAAGUGCAGUGGGAAGACCAGGGGGAGCGGUGUCUGGAGUUGACGAAGGGGCUUGCGUCCACCCACCAUGUAUUAUAAGGGGAGAGGGAUGAGAAGAAGGAGCCACUACCGCCCGCAAAGAAGAUGACAGACUGGAGGACGGAACAUGUGGUGUUGGGGUGGUUGGUGGAUACCGAGGCAGGGACGAUCUCAUUGCCGGAAUAGAAAGUGCAGGAUUUGAGAGAGAGAAUAAUGGAAUGGCCAGAGCACAGGAAGCAGGCUACCGUGCGCGAGGUAUUGGUGUUGGCAGGUAAGCUGCGCCACGCGGCCUUCGCUAUCCGGCCCGGCCGUUACUUCGUACUCAGGCUUCUGCAGCUUGCCGGGCUGCAUCUAAAUGGGGUGGAACGGGCCGGAGGGGGGGACGCGUGGGGCAGACAUAGGAAGAAGGCGCAUGCACGCAAGUUAGUGAAGCUGACAUGGGAGUUUAUGGCAGAGGUGGGGUGGUGGCGGUGGUAUCUAGUGGGAGGGGUGGGGGAGGUGGGCAGUAAGAUAACGGCGGCGUCGUUCAGCUUUGCCAAGCAAGUUCCGUCGAGGAGCUGGUUUUCGGAUGCGUCAACGAGGGCAUCGGGGGGGAGUUCGCAUGGAAACGAGGGUGUUCUGGAGGUACGAGUUGCCGGAGGAGGUACAAGGAAGGACGAUCAGGGCGAGGCAAAAAGGAGAAGGGGACUUUACAUGCAUAAAUGUACUAGAAGUAAUGGCGAUGGUGAUGACGGCGUAUGUGAUGGUUGUUUCGAGGGGGGAUAAGCCGGAGCGGGAAGGAGAGGCGGUGAUGAUGAGGGCGGACAAUGAGAGCGCUGUGUCGUGGAUGAAGAAGUGUGU